GUGGAAAGAGAGAGUGAGAGAGAGAGAUAUUAGUAUGAAAGUGAAGGAGAGACAGGGAAAGUGAGGGAGGAAAUUGCGUGAAGGGGGCGAUAGUGGGAGAGCAAGAUGGAUUUGGGGUUUCAGAGUACGAGAGGGAGUGAUAGAGUGAAGAAGGGAAGAGGGAAUGAGCAAGACUGACAGGGGAUUCCAAGAGUGGAGAGUCAGCAGUGAGUAUGUUUGUGGAAACAGGAGGGAGGAUAAGUAUGCAGAGAAACAGAGAGGGUAUGGGAGAGAGGUGAGGCUUGGUUUGAUUCAUGUUGUGGUCAGAGCCAAUAGAAAGCCCCCAUCUAUGUCUAGGGGGAAGCAGAAGUGCGACUCCAAACCCAGCUGGAAACACACAGAGACACCGAACUAGAAUACUGAGACACAGAAACCCAAUGGCAUAGAAAGACAGAUUACAAAGAGAGGAGAAAAAUAUAUAUACAUAUUUUGAGCUAAAUAUGGAUUAUUAAUAAACUCAAAGAUACAGACUCAGUGGAGAGAAACAGGACCACAGACCUUGGGACACUCAGCUGAAAGUCCACCUCGGGUACCCCUGCUGUUCCAAUGGAAACCAACACCAGGAUUCCCUCUACAGGACCAGUAAGGGUGGACAGCUACCCCUAACUGAGACAGGAUCACCCCACUGUCCUGGGACACUGUGGCAAGAGAAUGUUUUGGAGAAUCACUCUCCCGGUCCUACUGGCUGGGGUGCUCUGCGUUGCCACAGACACCAGGAAGCCCCGCCCCCAGGGCUCCAUCCCCUCACUUUUCAAGUCCAAAGGCAACCUGUCGGAGCGUCAGCGCCUGCUGCCGCGGAAACCCGAAGUCCUUUCGUCAAGUCGGGAGGCCCUGGUGGUCACGGAGCGCCGGUACCUCCGACGUGACUGGUGCAAGACACAACCCCUCCGCCAGACAGUGAGCGAGGAGGGCUGUCGGAGUCGUACGGUGGUCAACCGCUUCUGCUAUGGCCAGUGUAACUCCUUCUACAUCCCCCGCCACAUGAGCCCUAGCUCAAAUCGAGGCCUGGGGUCCGGCCGGAAGAACCUCAACAAGGCCCAAGAGCCCUUCCAGUCCUGUUCCUUCUGCAGGCCGCACCGCAUCACCCAGCUCACUGUGCAGCUGGACUGUCCAGGGCUGCAACCAGCCUUCCGCCAUCGCAAGGUGCAGCGUGUCAAACAGUGUCGCUGUAUGUCGGUGGAUGUGAGUGGUAACGGAAAACUGUGAAGAAUUCUUUGGAACCAGACCAUGACAGUCACCAUGGACACUAAUGUGACUGUGAAAGUGAACGUUAACAUGAACAUGAAUACCGUAGACAUGACAGGGGACAAGCUAGUAGUACCUCUCCCCUAUAUUGGACUAUGCUGCAUUAUCACUUUGUACACAGGUCUACUGGUCACACAAAAUGAACCCUACAGGUACUGGUAGUACAGAGUGGCCCAUCUAUUAGCCCGUUGACUACAUGGACAGCUGUGGUAAAACUACAAAUUGCAGACAUAAAUGGAUGCAUUGCACAACACCAACUGAAGCACAUACAUGUUUCAGUUCAACACAGUCAGUCAUAUUAAACAACUGGGUCCUUGGACAUUUGGAACAUAUAAAAUCAUAAGCACAGCACCAAGUUCUAGACUGAAAGUGGAGCUCUUAAGCUGCCUAUGGCAUGCUGUGGACUGGGCUUACCUGGGGGAACUGAGGCUUCAGACUGAGAAAUAGGGCUUCAGACUGAGAAAAAAUAACCUAGUCUGUCUAAGUAUCUGCCUGUGGAUUUAAGAGCCACCUGUGAAAUAAUUGACACAAAUAUCAAGCUAGCCAGUAAAGAAAUGAUAUUACUAUUUUAUGUAUAACUGUUGUACUAUAAAUAUAUAUGUAUAUGUCAAAGGAUAAGUAGCUAUAAAUAUAUAUAAAAUCUAUUUCAUGUGAAACAUCUGUGUGGUCUGAAUGCAAAUGUUGUGGCAAUAAAGGAUAUAGUUGACUAAUGAUGUUUGAGAAGAAUAGGUUCGACAACUAUUCAGAUAAAGACUUUCAGGAUGAUUCAUCUUCAAUAAAUAGUAUUUUAUCAGGAACAAAGGCGUUAUCGCAAAUGGGGACACAGUCACCAACAGCUCUACAAGGCUCAUACAGAACAUAGAACAGGAAAACAAUUCAAACAUACAAAUCAUACAGGAUAUGUCACAUACAGAUUGCAUAUCAUUUUACAUGUAAUGUGGAUAAGGUUAUUUUUUUAAGUUGUAAUAUUAUUUCAAUAUGUAGCUAUGGUUCCAUAAUAACAAACAAUAGAGGAUGAUGUGAAAUC